CUUUGUGCUCGCCCCAUCCUCACUCCUGAGCUGUCAAGGACAUAAAGAGCUAAAUCUUCCACUGGCCCCAGGUAGCGGGGUGCAUUACCCUGCACACUUCCAGGAAACAAAUGCUUUGUUUUUGAGGCGGCAUCCCUUUUUAUACUUGAAAAUGAAGCAGCCCCUUUAAGAGGAGCGUCUGGAUUUGGAACAUCACGUGAUAGAAGUGGCCUCCUUGGCGCCUGUUGAUGAUGUCACCGCGGAAACCCAAGGAGGGAUUGGCUGAGGCCCGCGUCUGAGUGACGAGAUGCACUCUCCCAGAAACAAGGCGGAAGUGUGCAGGACGCCGUGGGCCAGAGGCGGAGAGGCCAGUGUUGCGAUGAGUGGUCUAAACCGGCUCUUCGGGAGGGGGAAGAAGGAGAAGGGGCCAACCCCGGAAGAGGCUAUACAGAAACUGAAGGAGACAGAGAAGAUACUGAUCAAGAAACAGGAGUUUCUGGAGCAGAAGAUUCAACAGGAGCUACAAACAGCGAAGAAGCAUGGGACCAAGAAUAAGAGAGCUGCCCUACAGGCUUUACGGAGGAAGAAAAGAUUGGAACAGCAGCUGGCACAAACUGAUGGGACAUUAUCUACCCUGGAGUUUCAGCGUGAGGCCAUUGAGAAUGCCACCACCAAUGCAGAAGUGCUUCGCACCAUGGAGCUUGCCGCCCAUGGCAUGAAGAAAGCCUACCAGGACAUGGACAUUGACAAGGUAGAUGAACUGAUGGCCAACAUCACAGAACAACAGGAGGUGGCCCAGCAGAUCUCUGAUGCCAUUUCUCGGCCUGUGGGCUUUGGAGAUGAUGUGGAUGAGGAUGAACUGUUGGAGGAGCUGGAGGAGCUGGAGCAGGAGGAAUUGGCCCAGGAGUUGUUACACGUGGAUGACAAGGAGGAAGAACCCCCAAUCACACUGCCCAGUGUACCCUCUACACAUCUGCCGGCAGGGCCAGCUCCCAAAGCGGAUGAAGAUGAAGAAGCACUAAAGCAGUUGGCUGGAUGGGUAUCCUGAUGAGUCUGGGCUUAUCUUCUUGAUGCUGCCUUCGUUGGUCUCUUUUCCUUAAGUGCCAAGUGCUGAGCUAAAGGAACAUAGCCUUUUUGGGAGGCCACGCUGAGGGUGGUGGUAUAGCCCUGCCUGAAAAGUGUUUGUUGCCCUCCCAUCUCUGGCUCAACUGUAAAGAAGGAUCUUGGUGCCGGAGGAGCUUUGGAGCUCCCUUGUCUUUGAUAGCAGUUACAGAGCCCUUGUCCUCAAUAAAAUUGGGCAGAUGG